AUUCCAUCAUCAUGGCAGACAUGCAACCUGAGAUGAAUGAAGUGUCGUUGAUGCGGCGACGGCGACAAAAGGAGACAGCAGCAGCAUCGGUACAUGGUGGGAAGGAGGUUGCAAUUAUCAAGAGCGAGGAGAUCGAGUUGGACCGGGUGUCCACAGACUCGUCGGACGACAACCAGGAAGACGACGACGCGGAUGUUGUUCGCAAGAACGUUAACCAUGUGGUUGAGGGCAAAGCCGCCACGCCGGAAGAGCUGUAUUUCCUUCGUAGCCAAGUGCAAGACCUGCAGGGGGCAUUGAAGGCGCGCGACAUGGAACUGUUCCAAUUGCGCGAGCGCUACGACCUGCUCUUGGUGGCGGUGGAGCAGCAGGACGAGGCGAUUGCAGCGAUCUAUGCCACGACCAACAUGUCGUCGUCUGAGGCUCAACUGCUGCAGUACUCUGCCCUUCGGGAGUCUUCCAUGCAGUCCACGACCCCGCCUCCUUGUCUCAAGCGAACAGCGAAGGAAAUGCUGCUGGGCCACUUGGACACAAUGGGGUUCGAUGCUACCAGCGUCGGCACCGUGCUGGACACGUUCCACGACACCACAACGGCCACAUCCAACGCCACCAGUGCGACUGCCAACAGCGCGACAACCGAAUUGGCCGCCCUCAACUCGGCCCUGGAUCAACUCCUGUAUGCCGACACGAGUACUGGCCCAGCUCCACCGGCUCCGGUAGUGCCAGCAUACGCAAACACGUCUGGCUUCCUCCGCCCCGCCGUCCGACGACACAGCAGCAGACGUUUGAGCGUCAGUGACUUUGGGCUGCUAAGCCACGAGUCGUCGUCGUCGUCCGAGCAGCAGCACGAAGCAGGGGGCGGUACGCCCACGCGGCGGCUCUCCGAUCCGCUCUUUGCCGGCUUGGACGACAUUACGGACACCAGCAACAACAGCAACAAUAGCAGCCAGUUCCAAGCCAACCUCAAACAACGAGCAGACAUGCAAAACAGUGACGAAGUGGAAGAACUGUCGUACUCGGCGUUCUUGGAACGGCUCAGCCUACCUGGCUCCAAGGACAUUGUCGAGUGUAUCCGCCGGUUCGUCGGGUCGGUGCUCGGUCCCCGUGGAGACGGCUGCCCCCCCACGUCGGCGCAUUUUGUCGACUACAUCUUUUACGGCCACGAGUCGUUCCAGCCGCGAUGCGAAGACUUCUUUCGAUCGAUCGAUGACACGCUGGCGUCACAUCCGGCGUGGCGGCACGCGCCCGAGCGCACCUUGCGCCACGCCCGCGACGGCAUUGAAAAGUACGUCAUGGACAAGCUGGCCGACGUGCCGCUGCACCGACUGCCCUCGAGCGCCGUGUGGAAGGCCGAGGACGCAGCGCUCUCGCGGCGGAUGCACGUGCUGGCCCAGGUCGUGACGCCCGACAUGCUGGACAUUAAGCCGAGCAUGCGCAACGAAGUCGUGUGGAGCAUCGCGCAGGACGAGCUGCGCCGGAUCAACGACUGCCGAUCCCCCGGUGACAAGAUUAACUGCAUCGUGCGCUGCUGCAGCAUUAUCUUCAGCGUCCUCAAUCUCGCGCGGGGCGGCGACGCGUUGAGCCGACCAGGUACAUAAGCAUCAUCGCGAUGAUCGCUUUUUCGUCGUUUGAAAUGUGUGACAAUGUGAUUUUUUUUUAAUGUUUUGAUUUGUGUGUUGAAAACUGGGGACGGAGCAGGAGCCGACGACUUUUUACCCGUGUUCAUCUACUUGGUGCUGCACUCGCAAGUGCCGAAUUUGGUGUCGAAUGCCGAAUACAUUGCCGCGUACAGAAACCCCGCCGAUCUCAUGUCCAAAGCCGGCUACUGUUUUGUCAACUUGCGCAGCGCCAUCGAAUUCAUUUUGGUGCUUGAUGCGACCAUGUUGUCCGUGGAUGCUGCCGAGUUCAACAGUCGGUUGGCGACCGCAGAAGCAGCAGUGUCGUCUCCGUCGUCCGCUGUAUCUCAGCUAUCGGACCAAGUGGACGUUAUGUUUGGCUAACAUGAAAGACACAGUUGUGCACAAUUAUGAAC